AUGGCGGAGCCGGGGGCGCCCAUGCGGCUGAAGGAGUGGCUGAUCGCGCAGAUCGACAGCGGCCGGUACCCGGGGCUGCGUUGGGAGAACCGGCACCGGACGCUCUUCCGCAUCCCCUGGAAGCACGCGGCCAAGCAGGACUACCGGCAGCAGCAGGACGCCGCGCUCUUCAAGGCUUGGGCCAUCUACAAGGGGAAGUACCACGAGGGGACAGACAAGGCCGACCCCUCCACCUGGAAGACGCGCCUCCGCUGCGCCCUCAACAAGAGCACCGACUUCCAGGAGGUGCCCGAGCGGAGCCAGCUGGACAUCUCCGAGCCCUACAAGGUCUACCAGAUCGUGUCUGAUGGCGCCCGGGACUCAGAGAAGGACGGUGACACGCGGUCCCCAGCCGGUGAGGAUCAGCAGGGCAGCACCGUGGGGAAUCUGGAGGAGGAAAGCCAGAAGGGCACGAUGGAGACAUGCCACGUGUCUCCACUGCCCCUGCUCUCUGCCCACCCGGCCGAGCGAGGGUACCACGUGAGGGGAGUCUUCUAUGGCUGGAACCCAACCCACGGCCACCUCCUCCCCGGACCCCCGUCCUACCUCCCCGUGGAGGACGUCAACCACUCAGACUGCUGGCUGCAUGUCCGCCUCUACUACUGCGAUGUGCUGGUGAAGGAAGUCACCACCCGCACGGCCGAGGGCUGCCGCAUCACCUCCCACGCUGUGCCGGCCGACAGCGAGCGCCUCUACGGCCCCUUCUGCAUGGAGCAGAUCGAGUUCCCCCCGCCGCGGGUGCUCGGCGGCAGCGGCCGGGUGGCUGGCAUGACCGACGUGCUGGAGCGGCUCCUGCCCCACCUGGAGCGCGGCGUGCUGCUGUGGGUAGCGCCCGAGGGGGUCUUCAUGAAGCGCCAGUGCCAGGGCAGGGUGUACUGGAACGGGCCACUGGCCCCGCACAGGGACUGGCCCAACAAGCUGGAGAGAGAGAAGACCUACAAGCUGCUCGACACGCAGCAGUUCCUGCAGCAGCUGCAGGGGUACCUGAGCCACGGGCAGCCCACGCCGCAGUACCAGAUCCACCUGUGCUUUGGGGAGGAGUACCCCACCAGCGCCGGGCACCACUUCCAGAAGCUUAUCAUGGCCCACGUGGAGCCAGUGUUCGCACGGGAGCUCUUCCAUCACGCCCAGCGCAUGGGGCCGACGCUGCUCCGCAAUGCCCCCCAGCCCUGCGCCCCCGGCGCCUCCAGCCACAUUAUCCGCGUCCUCAAACAGCUCUGCCAGCCCUGAGCCCGGGCAGGCAGGAGGAGAGCCCGGUCACGACAAA